GAAUGACUACCUGUUAGUGAUGACGGUGUGAGGUCCCUGCUCAUCUGUGAGAGAACAGCGGCGUGUUCCCAUAGAUACAUCCCAACAGAUGAGCUCCCACGAUACUCGGCUGACAUCGUGGGGAAUUACUGGGACCCGUUUGGCUAUUAACAUCACCUGCUGCUGCGUAACGGUGAACACUAAGCGGACAACUCUGCAUUGUUUCUUCUCUAGCGGAUUUGGAUUGUAUUCUGAAUGGGUAGGCAGAUAGAUACACAUUUUCACUUUCAACGCCGGGAUAAGUCAGUUGCAUGCAUGUGGUUUUAGUUUUACUUAGUCACCUCCCCCUGUACGUUUUGGUUUUGGUCUCCGGAUGCUUUCGUGUCCAACCUGCUGACCUCCUCAAAUACCUGCGUGCCACGUCCAGCUCCACUCCUCCCUAAACAUUGCUCCUGGAUGGACCAGCUCUUAAUGUCAUUAUGAUGGCCUAUAAGCCUUUGUCUCACGAUUGGAAUCAAACUGUUUUAAGAUUACUGUAACACAGAUCUUUAUUUGUCGCGCGCAGCCUGAUUUUUACGCACAACUAUGAGCUCGGAGAAGCCAAACUUUUUAUCACAGCCGGUCGUGAAAAACGUUUUCAUGUACCGCAACGGGGAUCCUUACUUCGAGGCACGCCGUAUUGUCAUCAACCAUAAGAGGGUGUCAAACUUUGAGACUUUGCUCCGAGAGGUGACCGGAGGGAUACAAGCCCCAUUUGGAGCAGUGAGGAACAUCUACACACCCAGAGGAGGGCACAAGGUGGACUGCAUGGACAGCUUGCAGAACGGGGAGCAGUACGUGGCUGCCGGGAGGGAGAGAUUCAAGAGGCUGGAUUACGUACAGAUUGGCUCAAGAAAGAAGAGAAUGAUGCAGACUCUUCCACUGCAGGCAAAACCACUGCCACCGAAUCGAAUCAUUGUGUCAGCUCGUUUCCUGAAACCCAUCAGAGAGCCAUGCACAAUAUUCGUGGUAGCAAACGGGGAUGUCUUGAACCCUGCUUUGAGGCUGUUAAUCCACCAGAGGAUGCUCAGCCAGUUUGACAAAAUCCUGGAGAUGAUCACAGAGAAGAUGGGUUUGAGAGUCCUUGGAGGCGUUCGAAGUCUGUACACCUAUGAGGGCCAGCAGGUGACUGAGGGGAUCCAGCUGGAGAGCGGGCAGCUUUAUGUGGCCGUGGGGAGAGAAAAGUUUAAGAGGCUGCCGUACAGUGAUUUGCUGUUCACUAAACCCAGAGGAACAAGGAGGAUCAACGGAAUGAAAGCUUACUCUCUGCCACCCAUCUACAGAUUCUCCAAGCAAAAUGGAAAUGCUAAGUCUACGGUGCGAUGCAGUGAUAGUGGAGAAGGAGACUCGAAGGCCUCUCCUCCAGCCAACGCUAGUAACAACAAGGAGCAUCUGUCCUCUAUUGUCAGAGAGAUCUCUCAGGCAAGACUCAUGUCUUUCAGGAAGAAGAGGAGUGGACAAAGCAUGACCCUGGGCAUCACUGACAACGAUGAGCUGGACUCGAAGGCUGAUGGUGGAAGCGCUGAGGACAAGUCCUCCCAAGACCAGUCAGCUGAAGAGAAACCUGCAGAUGAUGAAACAAAAGCCACAGAGGAGAAAGGGGAGGAGGUGGCUGCUAACAAAGACACCACAGAAGAAGACGCUUCGACCAGCAAAGAGGAACAGGAGGAAAGCGAGGAGACGGAUGGUGAAAAGGAAGGAGAAGCAACUGCAGGAGCAGAGGAGAGGAAGGUAGAAGAAGAAGUAAAGAAGGAGGUCAUGGGUGAGGGAAAGAAGGAGGUUAAGAGUGAGGAGCAGGGGUCCAGAAGUAGCAACAGCGAUAAGACGCAGGAAAGCAAGGAGAAAGAGGAUGGAAGCAAUACAUCUUCUGAAGGUGAAAAGCAUGAACAUGACACAAAUAUAAAAGAAGAGGGGCAAGAUAAAGAGAGUGAACAGAGGGAUAGGAGCAGUAAGGACCAAGUUAAUGAUGUAGACACGGGGGAAGAAGAGAAGGAGACAGAAAACACCAGUGACCCAGGGAAGACCCAGACAGAUAACGACACAAAAGAGGAUGAUAAAGGGAGUAGCAGCAGUGGUAACAGUAACCAGGAAGAAGAUGCAAGCACAGCCAAAGAGGGAGCGACCAAAGAGUCAGAUGAAGAGGAGACAAGGGUGAACGGAGAGGUUAGUGGUGAGGAUGAUGAGGUGGAAAGCGAAGCAGAGCUGGAAGCAGUUGGUCACAAAGAUGGCUCAGAAAAUGAAGAGAAAGAGCAGAAAGAUAAUGAAGAAAAUGAGAUCAAAAGCAAGAAAGAGAAGGAUUAAUGAAGGAGAAGAAGAUGUCCAAGGUAAGGGAUGAGUCAUGAUAGCAGUGCAAAUUCCCAGAAUGCAGAGCAAGAAUGAUAGAGAUAUUUCACCAAAUCGCCUUGUAGAAUCUACAGUUCUAAAAUAAUGAACAGUUUAGAAGCUUUCAACGCCUGACUGCUUACCGAUGCUCAGAAACACCAUUUCAGGUUUAUAUUCAAACACAUUAAUCAAGCUUUAUCAAGUCCAAGUUGUAGUUAUAUAUUUGGUAUGAAUACUGUUAGCACUUGGCCUGCAUUACUGCUUCAGAUACAGUCUGUCUGCAGGAAAAAUAAAAUGUUGUUCUAAUAAACUCAAAUCCUUUCAUUUUAAAGAUUAAUUUCACAGGUUUGGUUAUUCACACUGCUUCUUGUUAAAGAUGUUUUUGUAUGUAUGGUGUUUUUGUUUAUGUCUCAGAGAAAGCGACACAAAUGAGCUUUCAAAGCGAGUACAAUGAGCCAUGUGUUAUAAUGUAAGCACACAGUAUGUGUUAAAUGUUAAUUAUAAGAAUAUUUGUUCAUGAAUAUAGAGUUUAAAGCCCUCUCUGUAAGUUUUUCCAAACUGUAACCCAUUAUCAAUUAGCCACUGUUAUUAUGCAGAUUUAUUUAUUUCUAUGUUUUACCAGACGAGAAAUUAAAGAGAGACACCUUUCAAAACAAA